AUGGUCGGACUCGUGCCUGCGCUGCGGGCGCCUAUCCCCGCCGCUGCGUCGAAGCCCAGCAAACCACUUCUCCGACGGGCGACUCUCUCGGGCACAGUGCGCAAGGUCGAUGAUACGGAUUUUGAUUCGGAUUUGAUGACGUCUGCACCGCCGAGCCCAACGAAGAGGGCGCGUGUCACCUUCAAUCCGAACGUUGAGGAGAAGGUCAUGGCUCGCUAUAAUGUCCAGGGCAGGGGCUUGGAGGCCAUUCGAGUGGAGGUUCGGCGGGCUAUCGAGGGCUAUUUGAGAGGAGAUGGCGAGGCGUAUGAGACUGUCAGGCUGGUGUUCGCGCCGAGCAAAUAUGAAGGCGAGCUGGAUGAGGAGACUGAGGCUGAGGCGAGGGCCGAGAUUAGGACCUAUUUGAUUGCGCUCACGAGAUACACGUCGCUGUUGAAUAAUAAAUGCGCCAGCUUGGUGAAGGCGGUCGUUCAGUGUGAUUGGAUUGGAAGGGAUGAGCCGUUCGUGAAGGCUUAUGUCCAUUUUCUGGGCAGUCUGGCUAGUGCGCAAGGUGCGUAUGUUGGCAUGGUGCUUGGGAUGCUGGUGGAUAACUUCGCCGGAGUACGCCUAUCCAGCGGUCGUCUUGCGGGUUAUCCUGACGUCAACCGGAAUCAGCUCGCCUCCAGGGUCCAUGUCGCGCUCAAAUACCUGCUUAAGCUUAUACCUUCUGCCAGCGGGAAACUCCCUGCGAUACUUGCCAAUACAUUCCCGGUUGCUGAAGAUUCCAAGAAGUCGCAUAUCAACUACAUCGAGAACCUCGUCCGCCUUAUCGAGUACACCCAUGAGCUCAAGUCUGAGGUCUUCGCCCUAAUCACCGACCGACUUGUCAAAAUCGAUGUACAAAUGCAGAGGGAUCUCGACAAUAUCGACGAUGAGGUUACGGCUGCCAUCGUCCAAGCAAUCACUCUCAACCCGCAAGCAACUGAGGAAGAAGACCCGGAAGAUUCGGAUAGCGAUGCGGAAUCGGUUACAAGCGAGGAGGAAUUCAACAGCGACGCCAAACAAAUCAAGGAGGUUCAAGCCAAUGUUGAGAAGAUGGAUGCCAUACUUGAUCUGCUCUUCACAAUCUACACCCCCUACUUCACGGACCCAAAUAGCAUCGAAGCCGCCUCAAUGUUCGAGACUCUCCUUUCCCAUUUCGCCAACAUAAUCCUUCCAACCUAUCGUUCUCGCCAUACUCAAUUCCUCCUCUUCCAUUUCGCGCAGACAGCCGAACAUCUUGUCGACCAAUUCGCAGGUACCUGCGUCCAGCUAGCAUUCGAAUCGGGUCGACCCGCGGUUCUUAAGCAAGCAGCAGCAGCUUACCUAGCCAGCUUUGUUGCGCGCGGUGCUCAUGUUGAACCUCACGUCGUUCGAACGGUUUUCGAGCUCAUUGGAAAUAACCUCGAGCAAAUCCGGGCCGAGAAUGAGCUUGCCUGCCGCGGACCGGACUUGAAGCGCUAUAGUACGUUUUAUGCUAUGAUGCAAGCCCUGUUGUAUAUCUUUUGCUUCAGAUGGCGCGACCUUAUUACAUCCAACGAAAUCUUGGAGGACGACGAUCCGAUUGCAUUCUUGAGCCAAGACCUUGAGUGGACGCCCGGAAUCAGAGACACCCUCCACAACGCCAUUUACUCCAAGCUCAACCCACUCAAAAUCUGCUCUCCACCCAUCGUUGCCCAGUUCGCUCAGAUCGCCCACCAUCUACGAUUCAUGUACGUCUACCCACUCCUCGAGACCAACAAGCGGAUCCGCCUCAGCCAGUUCUCCACCGCUGGAGGUGCUGGCGCGCUGCGCGAUACAGGAGACGGCGGCAACAAGGAAAGCUGGCAUCAGCUAGACGCAUACUUCCCAUUUGAUCCGUACCAGCUGCCCAUGAGCAAGCGCUGGGUUGAGGAUGAUUACGUCCAGUGGAAGGGUGUUCCGGGCCUGAAUCAAGAUGAGGAUGACGACGAUGAGAGCGCGGACGACGAUGAAGACGACGAUGUCGAUGUUGAUGACGACGAUACAGCCACGGAUGGCGAUGACGAAUAA